UGGCGCUGCUCUGCCAAAACACGAUUUCUGGUUUUGUUUUGGAACGAAAGAAUGGAAGUCAUGCUUUGGUCGUUGAAGCAGGAGCAUUGCUGUUAAGGUAGACGGACAAACGGCGGUUGUUGACCACCGUCCGGUCUGAAACCUGAUGGCGGUAGCGACAGCAACGGCUGUAGUCGUAGUCUUGCUGGAAUAAGCCUAAAUCAACCAAAAAAACCGGGAAUAUAUACAUUUUAUAUACAUUAACCAAAGGACUUUUCGGACUUUUUUGCUGUCGGCUUUCGUUGUCUUUGUUAUUUCUAGUUCGCUAGACAACCCCCUUAUUUCAUACUCCUUUAUCUCUCUCUUUGCCCUUAAACCCUUCUCUAUAUUAUCUUUCUCUGUUUCUCGCUGUCUAAUUUAUUCUUUUUUUUGCCCCCUUUUUCUUCUUCUUUGUCACUCCUUUUAGAACCAUUUUCUCACGUCACUUUCUGUAACACCUUAUUUUCUCACCCCCCCUCUCUCUCUCUCUCUCUCUCUCUCUCUCUCUCUCAUUUGCAAACUGUUGUUAUAUGUUAUUAGCUGUAAUCACUCUUUCUUUUCACGUUUCCCUUCUCCAUCGACAACAAUAAUAACAACAAUACUAAGACCACUGCCACUAACAACCUCGUCAAAAACACCAUCAGAAACACCACCAUCUCUGCCUGUCUCUCUCUUACCUCCCCUUCUCUCUCUCUCUCCUGUAUUCUUUCACCCUCUCUGUCUCUUUGCUUACUCACUCUACCUACAUUAGCACCCUCCCCUUCUCAUUUACAAUUUACAAACUGUUGUUAACUGUAGUAACACUUUUCUUUUUCUUCUUUGGUUCCCCCCCUCUCUCUCUCUCCUGCUCCCCUUCUCUAUAGCACCAUCUUCUUUAUCCCCUCUCUAUCUGUAAUUGUAAUAUCUCCCCCUCUUUCUCUCUCUGUAUCUCACUUACCGUAUCCUCUCUCUCACUUUUCUCCCCCCCCCCUCUCAGUUAUUUCCUCCCUUUCCUCUUAUCCACAGCGUCCUCUUAUUUCUUUUCCGCUCUCUGUAAUCUCUCUCUCUCUCCUUUUCUUUUUCUUUCCCCACCCUCUAUCUCUCUAUCUUUCUCUCCCGUGUUCACUACAUCUUCUUCUCUCUCUCUCUCUCUCUCUCUCUCUCUCUCCUGUACGCUUGUUCACUACAUCUCUCUUCCCCACCGUCUCUUUCUCUCUCUCUCUCUCUCUCUGUCCCGUGUCCAUUCUCUCUGCCAGUUCCAUAUCGGUCAGUUGUCAAUCCAUGUUCCAAGUCCACAAUCGCCUGAAACGGACUUGACCGACCAUUUCCCUAGACUUUUUUGCACUCUGGCUCUAUGAAAGCAACCAACUCCGCGGACGACAUCCUCAUCACCACCACCACCACCACCAUAAGCACCAACAACACCACCAGCAGCACCACCACCACCGCCAUCACAAGCAACAACAUAACUAAGACCACCACCACCGCCGACAGCAAUAUCAAGAGCUAUAACAACAAACACCUCUACUACAUCCACCACCAGGGAUACCCCAAUCUCCAACACCACCGUCAAGAAAAUCACCAUCUCCAACCACCGUAACCACCACCAAAAACACCAUUAACAAUAGCAACAACAUCAUCAUAUCAUCAUCAUCAGCAGCAGCACUAUGUCUGAUAGUAUACCUCCUACGGAUGACAGCUCUCACUCUCAGCCUGAACAACAUGGAAGUCUUGGUGAAGUUCACGAGAAAGUUGCUUCAGCUGGCCAUGAUGUUGAUAAUCCUGACCAGCAAUGCCUUUUCUAUCUCUGGACACUCUACAAACAAUCAGAGGAUGAAAAAGUCCAGAUGGAAGAUAGCCAUCGGCGUGAAAUGGAAGAAGUAGACCAAUAUGUGGAACAUAUUCAGCAGUUGUCCGAGGAUGGGGAGAUGACCUUACAGACCCUGGAGUUUGAAAAUAAACAGCUUAACGACAGAAUCACGCAGCUAGCUGACAGUCAGAGCUCAGUAAGUGUUGUUUCCUAUUUUGCUUCUAUCUAG